CAUAAUAAUCAUGGAGAAACAUUUAUUGACCAUAUGAUAGAUAAUGAUAAUAUGGAUAAAGAUUUAUUUAUCUUACAAGAACGAGAUAAUAUUUCUGAUCAAGAACAAGAUAAUGUCACUGACCAAGAACAAGAUAAUGUCACUGACUCUGAAUAUGAAGAAA